GACGCGAAGGAUGAGGCGCACAUCGUGUCGUGGACGACGCUGCAACGGAUCCAAAUUGUGAUGCGAGAGAAGUACAUGCUGAAACUAGCAACGGGUAAGGAUCCCACAGAGAAGCAGUUGGAGACGCACUUCGAGAAGAAAGUUCACCUGGCUGCCAAGAGCGAGAAGCUGUCCUCUUCGUUUAUCGACAUUGCGAAUACUGUCCAAGAAAGAGCCCUUCGCCACAAGGGCAUCGCGGAGACCAUCAACACUCUGGACCGCCACUACAAGCACGCUGGACCGACAUUUGGGAUUGGGAAGUUCCAGAUCGUGAUCAACAGGUGCAAGACUGCCCUCAACGUCGAGUGGUGCUACAACUACUUGUUGGACGCACUAUCGAUGGAGUUCAUUGAGCUUUCCGAUUGCAGCAUCUCCAAAAUGAACACGUGGAUCUGCGACCUCGCCCUGAUUAAGUUGAGCAGCGGGGAUUACUUCCUCAAUCAGUGGGCCCACAGCAACGCGUUCACGGCUGAAGAGAUCGGUUGGUGCAGGAACGCGUUCGCCAGCCACGAGUCGGCGCGGGCGACCUUGACGAACUACCCAGGUGCAUCGUCGGUCGACAUUUCUAGCCUUUACGUGAGCGGCGCAGGCACGAAGCGGCGCAAUGCCUUUCGGUUGGCCGUCGCUUUCUGGGAGAAGAUUGUGUUCGGGAACGACUUCGACACCGCCUUGAAAACGGCGGCGAAGAACGCCAAGGGGCCCGAGGAAUAUCUUGCUGAAUACACGGCGUUCGAGGAAGACCUGACGGAGCUAAAGGAGGAGUUGAAGAAGGAGCAGCAGCAGGCGAUCGCCAUGGACCCCGAUGGAGCGGCAGCAACGCCGAUGCAUGGCGAGGCGGCCGCCAGCCGCACCGGCGACCACCAGGUGGAGGAGAGUGGCCCGACAACGCAGGUCUACGCCAUCAACGAGUUCAUCACCAAGAAGAUCCCGACGGAU